GGUAGAAGGGAGCAGUAUCGAAGCGGUAAUCUGUAUGUUCGCACGCGUGUUUGUCGAUUUUGUCAUCAUCGCUAAAAAAAGGUAGAAUACGCACACGUAUAUCUCGCUCGAUUCUAAGGAUGCGAAUUAUUGCCUCAAUUGCUGCAAACAACACUAAUGCCGUACGCUGAUUAUCUUAUUAUCGUCCAACCUAUCGAAUGCAUUAACUCAUCCUUUGCGAGCGAUUGAAUUUUUGGAAACAAACAUUUUAUGACAUGGGCGAGGAGCGAUACAUAAAUUAAUGACGUGUAUCUAAAUUUCCAUUGGAUAUAUAAGUACGCAUUAUUGGUUACCUGAGGAAAAGAAAAACUGGGACCCGAUUGAUAAUAAUUGAUAAUAAUAAUAACUGAUAAUGGAAGGAGAUUCAGAAAAUACUUCUGAUAAUAAAGUUUCUAAACCAAUUACUUGGCCAUAUAUGAAUGUCGGCUCGUUAACUGUAUCAUUUUUAACUAAAGUGGCAGCAGCCGGUAUCAUCUGGGGAUGGGGAUAUCUUAAUUACAGCAUAGCUUGGUUGAUUGUGCCAAUCGCAUUUUCCGUAUGGAAAACAGAAUGUAAAGAUAACGAGCUGAGAAUGCUUACAACACAAGCAACUGCAAUGGCUAAGGAAAAAGUAUUGAUUAUGGGCCGAAUAGACGAAUUACCGUCAUGGGUGUAUUUUCCUGAUUUUGAUAGAGCUGAAUGGUUAAACAGAAUUUUAUAUAAAGUGUGGCCAAGCAUGAAUCAAUUUGUUCGUCAACUAUGUAAACAAAAUAUAGAACCAUCAAUUGUUGCGAAAUUGACUGAAUAUAAAAUAAAAGGCUUUCAAUUUGAUCGUCUAGUGUUGGGUCGUAUUCCACCAAAGAUUUAUGGAAUCAAAGUGUACGAUAAAAAUACUUCACGAAAUGAGAUUAUUUUAGAUGCAGAUAUUAUGUAUGCUGGUGACUGUGAUAUUACCUUUUUGGUUGGAAAUAUUAAAGGCGGUAUUAAAGAUUUUCAAAUACGUGGUUUGGUACGAAUUGUUAUGAAACCUAUGUUAUCUGUAAUGCCGUUAAUUGGAGGUGUACAGAUAUUCUAUUUGAAUAAUCCUACUAUCAAUUUCAACUUAGUAGGAAUGGCUGAUGUAUUAGAUUUACCUGGAUUCAAUGAAAUUUUAAGGAAGACGAUUGUUGAACAAGUAGCUGCUAUUGUUGUAUUGCCAAAUAAAAUAAUUAUACCAUUAAGUGAAGAAGUACCAAUAGAAUCCUUAAAAAUGCCUGAACCUGAAGGCGUUCUGAGAAUUCACGUUGUAGAAGCAAAGCAUUUGAUGAAGAAAGAUAUUGGAAUGUUAGGAAAAGGCAAGUCUGAUCCAUAUGCCGUAAUAAAUGUUGGUGCCCAGGAAUUUAGAACGAAAACUAUUGACAAUACUGUUAAUCCAAAGUGGGACUUUUGGUGUGAGUGUGCCGUACCUUCAGCCAUUGCGCAGCAACUGACUGUACUGCUGUGGGACUAUGAUGACACUAAGGGCGAUGAAAGUCUUGGAAGAGCUACUAUUGAAAUUAAUCGAGUGAAGAAAAAAGGCACACUCGAUACAUGGGUCUCUUUAGAACAAGCAAAGCAUGGUAUGGUUCACUUGCGAUUAACAUGGUUACAACUUUCAAAAAAUCCUUCUGAUUUAAAAGCUGCUUUAAUAGAAACUCAGGAACUUAGAGUUACAUCGAUGAGUACAGCCCUUCUUACCCUGUAUAUUGAUUCUGCUAAAAAUUUACCGUGCAUUCGAGGAAAUAAACAACCUGAUGUCUAUUUGGAAGCAGGAAUCGGUGGAAAGAAAGAAAGAACUCCUACUAUAUCACGUUCUUGUGAUCCAGUAUGGGAACAAGGAUAUACCUUUUUAGUCAGCAAUCCUGAAACUGGCAUUUUACAUAUAAAGAUCACAGAUGAGAAAACUGCCAUGAUAGUUGGGGAAAUGAAUUAUAAGCUUUCCUUACUUUUGAAAAAAAAUAAUUUAGAAGUAACCCAACAGCCAUACGAUCUGCAAAUGGCUGAAGCGGAUAGUAAACUUGUAAUGUCAAUGUCAUUAAAUAUCUUGAAAUACGAACAGCCUGAACCUACUUCCGAAGAAGAUGACGAUGAUCACGACAUCAAUCAAUUAAAUAAACGAAUUGAACGUCAGGAGUCUAACAUUAGUAAUGCGUUAUCUUCUAGUGUACCUCCCAGCCCACUUAAAAGACAGGGUUCAAAAGAAUCAGUCAACAAUCAAUCUCGUAAUGUUGGAUCCGCACUUGUAUCUGAGGAACCGGCAGCAGUAGAAGAGGAAUUAAUAAUUAGCACUAGCGCUCCAACCUCUUUGACCGCAAGUCCUCAGCUUAUUCACAGAAAUUUAAGCAUGACAUCCUUGAGACAAGGCGAAGCAAAAUUAGGCAGAAUACAAUUGACGUUACGUUAUAGUAUGCAGAGACAGAAACUUAUUGUUGUUGUACAUAAAAUUGCUAAUCUGCCGCUCCCUCAAAAUGAUCCACAUAAUAUACCGGAUCCAUAUGUGAAACUUUAUCUUUUGCCGGACCGACACAAAGAAACGAAGCGCAAAACUGCUGUAAUAAAGGAUAAUUGUAAUCCAACAUUCGACGAGCAAUUCGAAUAUGUGGUCUCACAGGGAGACUUAAACACGCGAAUAUUAGAAGUGUCUGUGUGCACUCAAAAGGGUUGGCUGUCGACUGGAAGCAAUGUGAUGGGACAACUUCACGUGAAAUUAAACGAAGUUGACGUUUCAAAGGCCAUUACUACUUGGCACGAUUUACAACCGGAAAUUAAAGACUAGAAAAAAGGGAGAAGUAAGUGGGGUUUUGGACUUUUAUGUGGUUGUUUGACGAAACAGCCACUUAAAUUCCCACUGAACAAUUUUUACAAACGAUGAAAGUUCAAAUAUUAUAAUAUUUGAAGUUUCAAAUAUUAUAAUAUUCUGUUAAACAUGUUAUGUUAUGAAAUUAACGAUUUAUAUAUAUUAAAAUAAGUUAUUACGGUGCUAUAUGAGGUCUCUUUAAAAAUUUUAUUAAAUAUUUGUACUUACGCCGUCCGAUGGUAUAGAAACGAUCCGAUUUACAGUGUUGUUCCUUCAAAUAAAAAGAGGGACUAGCUUAGUCGUGUAACUUGCUAUUCCACAUUGAUCUGUAAAAUGAGUGAAACAAUAACUGUAAAACAAUACGAAAAAAGAAAUUGAAUUUCAAUAGAUUUUAUAAUUUUUUUAUAUUUUUUAG